UCCUCCAGCGGCAGAGACGAGCCGUGGCCGGUGGCUCGGCGGAUGUUUCCAGCGGACUACUUGUCGUGCUGUCGCUGACAGGCGGUGCUUCGGUCGCUGCAAACAUGGCGUCCAUGACGGAGCUCCCAGAGUAGACCCGAACAGCUCCUCUCUGCUCCUGCUCCUCCGGGAUGUCCCCCAACCCAGCGCAGACCUGCAGACCGACCAGGACGCGAGCCAGAGGACUCUGAUCCUGCUCCUCUGACCCGGGUCUGAUCUCUGACCCGGGUCUGAUCUCUGAUCCGGGUCUGCACGGAGCGGCUCAGCCGGAGAGGAAGAGAAGCCAGACCAGCAGACCAGUAACCAGUAACCAGGAACCAGUAACCAGUAGCAGACCAGCAACAGACCAGCAACCAAAUGCCGUCUGAGGCUCAGUCUCAGGAGCCUCGGGACAGAGGACCGGCCCCUCCCGUCACUCGGGCAGGACGCAGCGCUCAGCUGGCCUUAGCCGCCGCUAUAAGCCCCGCCCCCGAGAGGAGGACUCGUGGGCGACCUCGGAGAGAUGGGAGUAGCGGCCGCUCUGGGCCCCCCACACCACCUCCUCCUCCUCCCUCCAAAUCCAGGAAGAAGGGGCGGAGUCAAGGCCAAGUAGAGGAUGAGGAGAAAAAACCCCAGAAGACAGAGGUGAAGGAGAAGACAACAGGACGCCGUCGGUCCACCUCCAGGAGAAAAUCCAACGCAAACCCUGAACCCAGCCAGGACCAUCUCAGUCUGGUACCUGACCUGACAGUCCCAGACUCCAGCCCACAACCAGCUCCCAGUGCUGAGGAGGAGGACAGAACCAGCCCUGCUCCUGCUGCCCCGCUCCCCCUCCAGCCCAGGACCAGCUUCCAGUCCUGCCCCGCCUCCAGCCCCAGACCUGCUCCUGAUGCUGUGGAGGAGGACCGGCCGAGCCACAGCCCCGCCCCCAUGGAGACGGUUCCUAUGGAGGCAGAGGGGGCGGAGCCAGUCGCACAGAGCAGAGAUGAGGACUCGCUGUCCCCUCUCUUCCAGCUGUUAGAGGACUCUGGGGGCUCUCCCCCCCCCAGCCUGGAACACACCAAUAAAAGGCUGAAGCAGUGUGCCUUCUGUUACCGUGGCGACCAGCCUCCUCUGGGUCAGGGCCGCCUGGUGGUGUUCGGCCCGACGCCCGGCUACAUCCCGCUCCACAUCCUCAACCGCCGCGCCUCCUCCGACCGAGACAAUGACUGUCACGACCACUGUUACCGCGGCGACCAGGCCCCGCCCACGUGCAGCAGUCCAGAACAGUGUGAGGGGGAGUCUUCCUCAGAGUUUGUGGAGCAGCUCGGACCCGUCGGCCUUCCACAAGACAUCAACGUCCAAUCACUGUUUGACCCCACAGGUCAGUGCUGUGCUCACCUGCAGUGUGCGGCCUGGUCAGAGGGGGUGUGUCGUGGCGAGGGCCAAUCGCUGCUCUACGUGGACAAAGCCAUCGACUCGGGAAGCACUCAGGUGUGUGCGUUCUGCCGCCGGCUCGGAGCAUCGCUGCGUUGCCAGGAGACGAGCUGUGGGCGGAGCUUCCACUUCCCCUGUGCUGCUGCUGCUGGAGUUCACCAGGACUGGACCCACAGACACACACUGUGUACAAGACACACACACUCAGUGACCUCCCAGUGUGUGUUGUGUUCGAGUGGCGGUGAAGUCAGCGGUCUGUUGAUGUGUUGUUGCUGUGGUAACUGUUACCAUGGCAACUGCCUGGACCCCCCUCUGGCCCCCUCCCCCCUGUGCAGGGCCGGCUGGCAGUGUCCUCAAUGCCGAGUGUGUCAGAGCUGCAGGGUGAGAGGGGAUGAUGCUGUGCUGCUGGUGUGUGAACGCUGUGAUAAAUCCUACCACACACACUGUCUCACGCCUCCUCUGGAUGACACACCGCGCCCCGGCUGGAGAUGCAAGAACUGCAGAAUCUGCCGCCGCUGUGGUGUGAGGUCAUCAGGCCAGUGGGCCAAUCACCCGUUUCUGUGCGAGUCAUGUGACCUGGCCCUGCCCUGCCCGCUCUGUGACCACGCCCCCAACGCACUGCAGGACUGUCUGAUGUGUUCCUGCUGCUAUAGGUGUGUCCAUACAGAGUGUAUUGUCCAGGCUGGGGAAGGCAGGGCGCGGUCUGAAGAUUACAUCUGCACCACCUGCAGGCCUCAAGAAGAGGCGCCGAUCCCACACACUCCUAUUCCAUGCAGUCCUACCCUAGCCCCGCCCCUCAGUACCACACCGGUAUCACACAUUAGUAUUACCCAGCCACCAAGUCCAAGUCACACAGAGGCUCUGCCCAUCAGUCCUACAGCUCAUAACCCAGUCCAGCUCAUGAGCUCAGAGCAACCACAGAGUCCUACCAAAGUCCUUUGUACACCAUUGCAGCAAAGUCUUACGUCAUCUCCCCCUGAACCCACAGAGUUCCAACACAGUCCUGCACCAUCUCCCCCUGAACCCACAGAGCUCCAACACAGUCCUGCACCAUCUCCCCCUGAACCCACAGAGCUCCAACAUAGUCCUGCACCAUCUCCCCCUGAACCCACAGAGCUCCAACACAGUCCUGCACCAUCUCCCCCUGAACCCACAGAGCUCCAACACAGUCCUGCACCAUCUCCCCCUGAACCCACAGAGCUCCAACACAGUCCUGCACCAUCUCCCCCUGAACCCACAGAGCUCCAACACAGUCCUGCACCAUCUCCCCCUGAACCCACAGAGCUCCAACACAGUCCUGCACCAUCUCCCCCUGAACCCACAGAGCUCCAACACAGUCCUGCACCAUCUCCCCCUGAACCUACGGGGAUCCAAAGUAGUCCUGCACCAUCCCCCCCUGAACCCACAGAGCUCCAACACAGUCCUGCACCAUCUCCCCCUGAACCCACAGAGCUCCAACACAGUCCUGCACCAUCUCCCCCUGAACCUACGGGGAUCCAAAGUAGUCCUGCACCAUCCCCCCCUGAACCCACAGAGCUCCAACACAGUCCUGCACCAUCUCCCCCUGAACCCACAGUGCUCCAACACAGUCCUGCACCACCACCCCCUGAACCCGCAGAGCUCCAACACAGUCCUGCACCAUCCCCCCUGAACCCACAGAGCUCCAACAUAGUCCUGCACCAUCUCCCCCUGAACCCACAGAGCUCCAACAUAGUCCUGCACCAUCUCCCCCUGAACCCACAGAGCCACAACGUAGUCCUGCACCAUCUCCCCCUGAACCCACAGAGCUCCAACGUAGUCCUGCACCAUCUCCCCCUAAACCCACAGAGCCACAAUGUAGUCCUGCACCAUCGCACCCUGAAUCAACAGAGCUCCAACAUAGUCCGGCACCAUCUCCCCCUGAACCCACAGAGCCACAACGUAGUCCUGCACCAUCUCCCCCUGAACCCGCAGAGCUCCAGUAUAGUCCGGCACCAUCUCCCCCUGAACCCACAGAGCCACAACGUAGUCCUGCACCAUCUCCCCCUGAACCCACAGAGCUCCAACACAGUCCUGCACCAUCUCCCCCUGAACCCACAGAGCUCCAACACAGUCCUGCACCAUCUCCCUCUGAACCACCAGAGCUCCAACAUAGUCCUGCACCAUCUCCCUCUGAACCACCAGAGCCCCAACAUAGUCCUGCACCAUCUCCCCCUGAACCCUCAGAGCUCCAACAAAGUCCUGCACCAUCUCCCUCUGAACCACCAGAGCUCCAACACAGUCCUGCACCAUCUCCCUCUGAACCACCAAAGCCCCAACAUAGUCCUGCACCAUCUCCCCCUGAACCCUCGGAGCUCCAACAUAGUCCUGCACCAUCUCCCUCUGAACCACCAGAGCUCCAACACAGUCCUGCACCAUCUCCCUCUGAACCACCAGAGCACCAACAUAGUCCUGCACCAUCUCCCUCUGAACCCACAGAGCUCCAACAUAGUCCUGCACCAUCUCCCUCUGAACCCACAGAGCUCCAACAUAGUCCUGCACCAUCUCCCUCUGAACCCACAGAGCUCCAACACAGUCCUGCACCAUCCCCCUCUGAACCACCAGAGCUCCAACACAGUCCUGCACCAUCUCCCUCUGAACCCACAGAGCUCCAACACAGUCCUGCACCAUCUCCCCUUGAACCCACAGAGCUCCAACACAGUCCUGCACCAUCCCCCUCUGAACCACCAGAGCUCCAACACAGUCCUGCACCAUCUCCCUCUGAACCCUCAGAGCUCCAACAAAUUCCUACACACUCUCACUCUAAUCAGCAAGAGCUUAAGCAAAGUCUACUACCCUCUCACCCUGAUCUUUCAGAGCUCCAAGAAAGUCCUUCAAAACCUCAUCUUUAUCCUCCCUCCGUCUCAGGUAGGGCUUAGUCCUACCUGUGUUCAGGUAGGGCCUUCAGAGCCUGAGCGUAGCCCCCCACCACACAGUCCUGCACAGUGCGGCACUACUCAGACACAGUGCGGUAGACCAUGUAGUCCUACCGACAUCAUCAUCACACAGCCUCAGCACAGUCCCCCACAAAGACGGCAUAGUCCUAUGCCACAUUGUCCUGCACAAGUUGAAACAUUCCCUCCACAGAGUCCCACACACAAUGCUGAACGUACACUGGACCAGGAGACCCCUGGGUUAACCAGCCCUGCUGGGCUGCAAUGUGGGCCUGCAUGGGACAUUACUACACUGGAACAGGACCUCUCACCAGUCUGCUGUAGGUCUACUCGGACAGUAAGCAGACACGCCUCACUGAGGCCCAAUUCAGUUCCAUGUAGCCCAUCACCGUCCCCACUCAGAGCCACACAGUGUAGUCUGUCACUGCCUGCUAGCCCAAUACAGGCCGACACCACACAGCCUUUCAAGCCUUUACAUCUUAGCCUUCUUCCUGUUCAGCUUGCUACAGAGUCCAGAGUCACAAAAGAAUGCACCCAAACCAGUACCAUAAAGCUGAAGUCCUUGGAGCAUAGUCCCAUGCAGCUGAGUCCCAACCUUGAUGGCCAAACACUGGAAAGUAGCCCCACAUCUGUCCUAUCCAUAAUGCCCCCUGUUGGCAAACUCACAAACGAGGCUGCUUCUGUUCUGAGUAGCAUGGUUAGCUCUGACCAUUCUAGACCCCAUCUGGGUCCUGCCAUGGCCACACCAGAAAGCCUUGUUCACAUAAGCAGUUCAGUGGAACACAGUAGCCUAACUUUGCCACCUUGUGCUCAUGACAGCCCAUCACGCUGCACAGAAGCUAUUGGAGGUAAAGCCAGAUCCAGCUCAGCUGGUCAUAGCCCCAAACAUAUCAGUCAAAAGCCUACAAGCCCUGUCAGCUCUAAUCAGGCCUGUGCUAGCCUGAUGCUAGUGGAGACUACAGAGACUAGCCCCUCAACACAACCAGCUGGCCCUGUAACGCUUACAGCCAGCUACUCUGCGCAAGCAAUCGGCCCCUUGGCCCCACCUGUUGGGUCUUCAACACAACUAGCUAGGCCUUCAGCAGUACUGGCUAGAUCCAUCCACCCCAUCUCAUGUCAGGAUGAGGAGAUAGCAGUAGAUGAUGACCACCCCAAGCAUUUUAUUCAGUCAGAAACUAGUCCCAGCCAUCUUAACCCCUCUCCGGACAGAAGAGGCCAUACCAGCCCUACCCAUGCUUGCCCAGUCAGCACAGAAGCUAACAGUGGGUACAGUCGAAUUGGCUCCAUGCAUGUUCAAGAAAGGACUAGUCCCUUUGUUUGUAGCUUUUCAGAGCUUGCUCGGACUCAGGCAAGCAAAAGUCCCAAACAACCUGGUCAGUCAAAUCCCUCACAAACUACCUGCAGUCCUUCUCCAGUACAGACAAGCCCUCUGCAUACUAGCUUUAGUCCUCCACACUGUAGGCUGACUGAUUCUAGCCCAGCUGGUAGUUCUGUGAGCCACAGUUCCCGCUCUGCUAGCAUUACCGAUGUUAAUGUCAGCCACAGUCCACUAAGGUCUGGUCCUGCUGGUCAAGAUGGUCCUUCUCACAUACAAAGCACCUGUAGUGAUGCCCACUCAGGCCCAGUCCAUAGCCGGACUCCCUCAUUAGCUUGCACGACAUCCAGCAGCCCUGCACAUGCUACUGUAUCUUGUGUUAGCCCACCUCACAGUCCAGCUCAGGCAACUGAAACGUAUCAAAGCCCCACAGGUAGCCCCCAUUACAGCCAAGUUCCCCAAACUGGAACCAGUUGUGGGCUGACUAUGGCUAAGCUGAGCCCCUCCUUGACUAGUUCAAGUCUUGAUGAGGACAUGGUGACCAGUUCCAUAAAACAAAGCUCUGUUCUUCCCACAGUGGUUCAGCUUGAUUCAGGUCUUGUUGAACCUACGGACUGUAUUAAGCAGACGAGCCAUGAACCUGCCAGUUCCCUUCCUGAUGACUCUUCUUCUGUUAGUCCCAACCAGGCUAGUCUGAGCCGGGUAAGCCAGUCCCCAGCUAGUCCUCUCUAUACCGCCCACAGGUCUGCGGUUAAAAGCCAACAAAACACUGCCUCGGUAAGCCCCUUGUAUCAAAGACCAAGCACCCCUGCUGAUACUACUUCCACUCUGGCUAGUCUGAGCCAUGCGAGCCCUGUCCAUUGGAGUAUCACUCAGGAUCACGUUGCGAUGCCUACCACUGGCCACAUUAGUGAAAUGCCCCCACCCUGUGCCUCCUCACAGGUUAGCCCUCCUCAGACAUCCUCUCCUCAUGCCCCACAGGAUCAGGCUAGCUCUGUGCACAGUAGCCCAGUCGCUAGUCCUGUUUGUGGCCCUGUGCAAUCAGGGGAUUCACAAGUUACCUCUUGUCCUACCAGUCCUGUGCAGCCAGAGGCUAGUCCCAGUCCUGGACCAGGUAGCCCUUUGAGGUGGGAGGCUAGACCUGGGUCCCAUUCAGUUAGUCCUGUUCUUGCUACCCAUGGCCAGACUGAAACCAGCCCUAGUCCUGGUCUUACUAGGUCUGUGCAACCUGAUGUUGGUCCUCAUCCUGGAGGCCACUCUGUGUCCAGCCCCCAGCAACACACAGCAGAGGGGGAGUCUUCAGUCACUAUGGAUGUCAGAAUGGUGGAGGUGGAAGAAAAGAAAACUGAAGAGGAGAAGGCUCACCAGACAAGAAAGGAGAGUCCAGAGGAAGGAGAUGAACCAGACCAGGCGGAGGAGGAGGAUCAGCAUUCCAGCUCAGACCGUCCCCCUUCAGGAGUCCAGCUGGGAUCUGAAGACCCUCACCCUGCUGCUGCCUCCCUCCUCCUCCCACAGCCAGCUCCUCCCAUCCCUCCACUCACCACACCACACUCGGCCUUACCACUCCAACAGCCCUCCUGCUCCCCCACACCUUCACUUCUUGCCUCCCCCCUCCCCUCACCACAAUCUCCUCCUCCUCCUAGAGCUGGCUCUCUGGAGGCCUCCCCUCACAGGACUGCCUUACUCACUUCCUGCUCCCCCCAUACCCUGCCUCCUCCCUCCCUUCCUGUGAGAGAGGAAUCUACCUAUCACAGUGAAGCCGUGAUGGGGGAGGUGGGGCUGGAGGACAAACCGCUCUCCGGUCAUGUGACAUCAGCGAAUGAUGACAGCCAAUCACAGAGUCAGUUUGAACUCACCAAAGAUAAGCACCAAUCACAUGCUGAGCCUUUAGAGAGGGAGGAGGAAGGGCCUCCUGAAACGCCGGAGCCAAUAGCUACAGACUUGACUGCUUCCGAGGUGGUUGCUGGGCAACAGCCAAUGAAGGAGAAGCAGGAUGCAGAGGAGCGGGAACAGGGAGAGGAUGUGACUGGUAUGGUGACGAGGGAGAGCGCCGAGCAGGAGGACCAAUCAGAUGUGGAGGAGGAUCCGGUUAGCCCUGUGCUGGAAUUGGACUUGGACAUUGAGAUGAUGGCACUGAUGACCUCCUCAUCUCCUCCCCCCUCCCUCCUGCAUCUCUCCUCCCCCAGCCCACCUCCCUUCUCCCGUCGGGGGACGGGUCGGACUCUCAGGCCUCCUCCCUGCUCCUCCAGGCCUUCGGACGACCUCUCCAUCCGUCUUAGGCAGUCGCCCUUCUCCACUGAGGCCUCCCCCGAGACCUCACCUGCCAGAUCUCCCGUAACCCCGCCUCCUCUCUCCCCGCCCUCAACUCCUCUCCGGUACUCCCCCCCUGCCCGGGAGUCUUCACCUCUUUCAAAGGCUCCUCCCAUCACUGUUCUCCCCCUCACUCCUAAAAUUGGAAUGGGGAAACCGGCCAUUUCCAAGAGGAAGUUCUCCCCCGGCAGAGCCAGGAUCAGACAGGGUUCGUGGUGGAGUAAUCGCAGGGCGGUCAGCCCCCCCUCGUCCUCCCAGGAUUCCAUGGGAGAAGCAGGAUGGGACAGCCUCAAGCCCCGUCCACCGGACCCCCCCCUCUGGAGUAUGAAAGUGGGUCGUGGUUCAGGGUUUCCAGGGAGGAGGAGGUCCAGAGGAGGAGGUCUUGGAGGAGGAAGAGGGGGAAGAGGGAGGAGCCGGCUGAAGACUCAGGACUGUGUGACUGUGUCACCUGGCUGUGUGUAUGUGGAACCGUUCCAGCCGAAGGAGGAAGAGGAGAACUCGAUGCACAACACGGUGGUGAUGUUCUCCACCUCGGACCACUUCACCCUCAGACAGGACAUGUGUGUGGUGUGUGGUAGCUUUGGUCAGGGAGCUGAAGGCAGACUGUUGGCCUGUUCUCAGUGUGGACAGUGUUACCAUCCCUACUGUGUUAACGUCAAGAUCACGCGGGUCGUCCUGACCAAAGGUUGGCGAUGUCUGGAGUGUACAGUGUGUGAGGCGUGUGGCGAGGCCAGCGACCCCGGGCGACUGUUGCUAUGUGACGACUGUGACAUCAGCUACCACACCUACUGCCUGGACCCGCCCCUUCACACGGUCCCGAAGGGAGCCUGGAAGUGCAAGUGGUGUGUGUGGUGUGUCCAGUGUGGCUCCGCCUCCCCAGGGCUGCACUGUGAUUGGCAGAAUAACUACAGUCGCUGUGGACCGUGUGCCAGUCUGAGCCGCUGUCCUCUCUGUCAGAGACAGUACACACAGGACGACCUGAUACUGCAGUGUCAGCAGUGUGACAGGUGGGUCCACGCUGUGUGUCAGAGCCUGAACACUGAAGAUGAGGUGGAGGCUGCUGCUGACGAAGGCUUCGACUGCCAGCUGUGCCGAACAAACAGCCGCAGCUCCUACGUGCGGUCAGAGAGGCUGGAUUCUCCCUACACGGCUCAGAUCAUCUCCAGGACCAGAGAACCGGACGUGAAGACCUACACUCAGGACGGAGUGUGUCUGACGGAGUUGGGUCUGUCUCAGCUUCAGUCUCUGGUGGAACCUCUGACGUCGCCUCGUGGUUACCGACGGUGUAAACCCAAACUGAAGCUGAGGAUCAUCAAUCAGAACAGUGUGUCUGUGCUGCAAACUCCACCUGACCCCGAACCCCCCUCCAAGCAGGACCCCAGCAGAGGUGACUUGGAAUGUGAGAUGAAAUCUGACUCCAGCCCUGAGCGAGACCACGCCCCCGAUGAUGUCACAAAGGAGUCUGAGGUUACCGACGGCAACAAGAAGAGGAAAAGGAAACCUUACCGGCCUGGUAUCGGUGGGUUCAUGGUGCGUCAGCGUGGAGGGAAGGCCGGUCCAAGCAGAAUCAAACUUUGCAGAAAAGAUUCGACAGAGAGGCUUCUGGGUAGAGACGAAGACGUUACCAUGGAGACGGUGUUACCUGCUGAGCAGAUGAUGGAGAAGGUGAAGAAGAGGUACAGAAAGAAGAAGACCAAGCUGGAGGAGGCGUUCCCUUCUUAUCUCCAGGAGGCGUUCUUCGGUCGCGUUCUUCUGGACGGGAGCCGUCAGGCGGACAGGAGGCAGGAGGUGGAGACACCGUGUGCCAGCCAAUCAGGAGCAGCUACAGGUGACAUGAAAAGCCCCGCCCCUGGAUUACAUGGUCCCUCCCCCUCAGGCCUGACGCUUGGCGCCGUGGCAACCCACGCCAUGAAGAAGCCAGGAACCUUGCCCAUGUCGGAGGAAGCUCUGCUGGAUCUGUCUGAUGUUCUCAACACUGAUCCUCACAUACUGGCCACAGGACACACAGGUCACUUCCUGCUGGAGCGCUCCCUCUCUCCCUUUGCCGGUCUGGACAUCAGCUGCAUGGCGGAUGACCGUACAGGAGGUGGUGGGCGUGGCCUGAGGGCGGUGCAGGAGGAGCCUCUGGACGCCAUCUUAAGUCCAGAGCUGGACAAGAUGGUCACUGAUGGAGCCAUCCUCAGCAAACUGUACAAGAUCCCAGAGCUGGAGGGGAAGGACGUGGAGGAGGUGUUCACUGCUGUUCUCAGUCCAAACAGCAGCAACAACCAACAACCUGAGCAGAGUCAACACACACACACUGCUGCAAGCAAGACACACACACACAACACAGCUGUGAUACCUCGUCUUCCGCUGAAGAACGGCCUGAUGGGAGCUGCUCCUCGUUUUCCUAACACUCACAUGAUAUCCAGCGGCGCCCAGAGUCCAGCUGGCUUAAGGGUCCGACCUCCUGAGAGCCCUGCCCCUGGACUAGUCUCAACCAAUCGGACGUCAGCAGGAGAGGGCGAGCAGGACGUGAUGUCGACCGCUCAGAGGGGAAUGUUGAAGUGGGAGAAGGAAGAAACUCUGGGAGAGAUGGCCACCGUCGCUCCGGUCCUCUACUGUAACACCAAGUUCCCCGAGCUGAGAGAGCAGCAUCCUGACUGGUCCACCAGAGUGAAGCAGAUCGCCAAGCUGUGGAGGAAGGCCAGCUCUCAGGACAGAGCUCCCUUCGUGCAAAGAGCUCGAGACAACCGGGCGGCUCAGCGCAUCAGUAAGGUGCAGCUGUGCAGCGACCCGCUCAGACACCAGCAGCCCUCACAGCCACCGCCGCCGCUGCUGCCGGGACCUUAUGACCCCGUUUCCAUGGAGACAGAGGGGGCAUUAAAGGACCCGCUGAGGCCCAAAGAAACGGAACAAGAGCAGGAGUGGAAGCUCAGACAGGGAGAGGUUAAAGACAGAUGGGGAGCCAAUAAGAAGAGGCAGGAAAAUCUCCCCCAAAGCAAAGCCCAUAACUCCCCUGAUAAAGGUUGUCCCUCCCAGGCAUCUGUAGCAGGAAGUGGCCCAGAGGCUCUGCUCAUGCGUCAGAAGAGCAAGCAGCAGGCCAAGAUUGAGGCGAGUCAGAAGGUGGAGCAGGUGAAGAGCGAGCAGCUCCUCCAUCAGCUCCAGCUCUCCGGACGCUUUUCUCCCGACGCCGGCAGUCGGAGCCCCGUGGCUCGUGGCCAGCAGCCCGUCGUCGGGGGCAACGCCUCCCCCCUCCAUCCUCAGUCCUCCCGACAGCACCUCCUCCUGCAUGGCUCGGGACCGGCUGACGACGUCUUUCUUAGACCACAAGCUCCUCCCCCCUCCGGCUUCUCCUCGCUACCUCACUCCCCCUCCCCUCAGAUGUUCUCCCCACCCUCCUCCCGUCCCUCCUCACCCUGGGAACCCUACAGUAAGGUAGCGGGGACUCCUCGCCCCCCCUCCUCCCAGGCUGGCGGCACACCGGCUCCCCAACAGCGUCACAACUCCCUCAGCUCCUCCCCGGCCCACGAUGCCUUUGGUUCUCCUGCACCGUCCCCCGACUCCAAGACCUCCGACGUCUCCAGGACCCUCGGACCCCAACAAGGACUGCAGCCGAACAGGGGUGGUAUGAUGAGCCCUCUCUCUGGCUCCGCCCCCGACCCCUCAUCCCGACACACGGGUUUGAGAGCGGCUGAGGGGUACCAGCGGACUCCUAACUGCAGUAGCAUGCGAGCAGCGGCGUGCGACCUGUACGGUCGCGGUGGUGAAACGGUGCAGGGCGGCUUGUUUAAAGCCCCCAUGCCUCCUCAGCUCCAGCCUCAGCAGGAGGUGUUUGGUACCACAGGAGGAGCAGGAAGGAGGGACCUGUCCAGACCCAGACCUAGGCUUUGCUCUCUCCCAGUCACAGGACCCUCCCUUCCCCCCAGUCCUCUGUCAGGACUGGGCUCCCCCCACCGCAGCCCCUACCACCAGACGCCAGGCACCCCCAGACCUGACUACAGCCAGCAGAUCACUGACCCCUUCACCCAGCACUCACCUUUGACCUCCCGGCCUUCGCCUGACCCCUAUGCCAACCCUCAGACUCCUGGUACACCACACCCUCAUUCUGACCCUACAUACCUCACCCCACCACCUGCACUGAGACUGGACCAGUAUAACCAGCAGUGUACCAGCAGGCGUCCGUCCCCCUCCCACCCAAACCUCGACCCUUACGCCUCCAACCCGGGGACUCCCCGCCCGACCUUCACCGAGCACUUCCCUCGAUCACCGGGGAGCCAGCGGAACACCGACACCUAUGCUCGGCCCCAGAAGGCCCCAGAGCCCUUCCACCAGACCCCCAUGGAGAGCUUCACGUCCUCAGGAUCUGGUUCAUCACCUUUGGUUCAAGGGCUGUCUGGAGAGACUGGGAGCUUCACCCCAACACACCACCAGCUGCAGCAGUCUCCAGGAAGACAACAACAACAACAGCAACAACAGGACCUAUUUCCCACAACCCCCGGCAGUCAGACCCUGAAGCACCCUGGGAUGUCAGAGGAGAGCGGCUUCUUGGCCAGUCAGACUCCAGGUCAUGACCCCUUUGAGCAGGGUCACAUGACAGCAGGCCUCUCACAGACGGACAAUACCACAGCCAAUGAAAUGGCAGCGAUGUCUGUGGCUUCUUUGGAUGGACCAAUGAGCAUGCUGCCUCAGCUCGGGGACUCGGAGGAGAAGCUGAGACAGCGUCAGCGUCUCCGGCAGCUCAUCCUGAGGCAGCAGCAGCAGAAGAGUGCCUUACGGCUGGAGAAAGGUCUGCAGGAAGCAGCUGCUGGAUUCCCUGGACCCCAUGCUGCUGGACCUUCUGGACCCCAUGCUGCUGGACCUUCUGGACCCCAUGCUGCUGGACACGCGCCUGGUUCUGCCACACCACGACACUGGUCCCAGGUAGACCCCUCCACUGCUCCCCCGAUAGACCUGUUUGGACGUCCCCCACCCCCUUACCCCGGCACUGUGAGGCCUGGUGGAGCAGCAGGGGCUCUGGCCCCCAGAUUCCCUGGAGGUUUCUCAGGGGAGCAGCAGAGGGGGUUCUCCCACAGAGAGCUGCCAGUCCGAGGACCAGUCCUGAGAUUUGGUGUUCCUCCAGGAGCUCCAGUGGGUCUCCAGGACUCCUUCUUACGGCCUCCCCAGGGAGCGGUGCCUGGAUGUGGGCUCGGUAUGGUGGAGGGAGUCCCGUUCCAGAUGAAGAGGUCGAUACCGGUGGAGUUUACCAGCAUCCGACCCGUCCCGGCUUCCGCCGCUCAGCCACACAUGAUUCCUGGUGUCCCCCAGCCCUUCCUUCCCCGCUCCCUCCCACUCCAGCAGCACAGUAUCAUGGGACAGCCCUACAUCGAACUCCGACACCGCGCUCCAGAGAACCGCCUGAGGCUGUCCUUCUCUCAGCCCGAGGCCCCGAUGCUGCUCCCCAGAGACCCCCAGCCGUCCUCGGUCAGGCCAGGUCCUGGGGCCAGGAUGGGGGAGACGGCGCUGGGCCCCGCGAUGGUGAUGGAACAGCUGAACCACCAGCACCAGCAGCACCUGGUCCACGCAGCAGUGUUCACCCAGACCGGAGAGUCCACGCUCCCGGAGGAGCACCUGGAGGGGGAGGACUCUGCCGUGAAGGACCUGGAAGACGUGGAGGUGAAAGAUCUGGUAGACCUCAACCUGAACCUGGACCCUGAAGACGGGAAAGAGGACUUGGAUCUGGGUCCUAAUGAUCUCCACCUCGACGACUUCCUGCUGUCGGAGAAGUUUGACCUGAUCGCCUACGCAGACCCCGAGCUCAAUCUGGAGGACAAGAAGGACAUGUUCAAUGAGGAGCUGGACCUGGGGGAGCCGGUGGAGGAGAAGGAUGGAGCCAAACAGGUCAAACAGGAAGUGCAGGACGGACCCUCUGCUACGCAGCACCCUGCACCUCACCACGGGGAGGUCACCAACAGCAGACCCCCCUUACAUCCAGGUCCUCCAGGUCCUCUAAAGUCGGAGGCAGCCGACUCCAGCCAGGCCCAGGAACAGGCUCCGUCAUCGGGCAUGGCUGCCAGAGUUCACCCCCCCAUGGCUGGAGGUCAACAGUCUGUCUUCCAGCAGCAGCAGAAUCCGUUUGGACCCCCCCUCGACUCUCUUCACCCCCCUCCCUCAGGGUCUCCCAGUGUCUGCCCACACCGGUCUGACUCCUCAGGGUCCUCCUGCCCCGCCUCACCCGCUCUCCUCCAACCCUCCCAGCCUCACCUCCUUCUCAACCCUCAGACCCAGCUUCCACACCAGGGGACCUCCACCCAGAACCAGGACCAGGCCGUCCUCCCCCAGGACCAGGACCAGAACAGGCCUCUGCUCCUGGAGGAGCAGCCGCUCCUCCUGCAGGAUCUCCUGGACCAGGAGCGCCAGGAGCAGCAGCAGCAGAAACAGAUGCAGGCCCUUAUCCGACAGAGGUCCACCACAGACCCUGUGUUACCCAACAUGGACUUUGACUCCAUCUCUGACCCCAUCAUGAAGGCCAAGAUGGUGGCUCUGAAGGGCAUCAACAAGGUCAUGACCCAGGGCAACCUGGGACUCAACCCCAUGGUCAUCAACAGGUUCCAGCAGGCCCCAGUUGCUCCGGUGGCUCCGGUGGUCCCGGUGGCUCCGGGUCCAGAGGGGACUCCUCAGCCUCCACACCUGGUGGUGGUUCAGGACGGGAAGUUGAACCCCCAGCUGGUGCGACCGAACCCCCCCAGCUUCGGCCCAGGCUUCACCAACGAGUCUCAGCGGCGUCAGUACGAGGAGUGGUUGGGGGACACGCAGCAGCUACUGCAGAUGCAGCAGCGCCUCCUGGAGGAGCAGAUCGCAACUCACCGCAAGACCAAGAAAUCUCUGUCGGCCAAACAGAGAACAGCCAAGAAGGCCGGCCGAGCCCUCGCCGAGGAGGACGCCGCCCAGCUCCGCAACAUGACGGAACAGCAGGGGGCGGUCCAGAAACAGCUGGAGCAGAUCCGGAAGCAGCAGAAGGAUCACGCCGAGCUGAUCGAGGACUACAGGACCAAACAGCAGCAGCAGAGACCUGCAGGAGCGCCCCCCAUCCCCCAGACCCACUUCUCCCUCCCCAUGGUGUCCAUGCAGCCCCACCCGGGCCGUGGCCCCAACGUCCCCCUGGUUGGACCCCAGGGGGCGGGGCCCCCGGGUCCAUGGGUCAGAGGAUGCCCCUUCAGAUGCCCUCCGUCCUGCCUAAAGCCCCCAGGCUCCCCCACACACCCAGACCCCCCAGCAGUCUUCACUGGGGGCCCCACCGGAGGAACCAAUGGAGCAGCAGGGGACGCCGCCCCCCCUCAGGUGAAGUUUGACGAUAACAACCCGUUCAGUGAGGGUUUCCAGGAGAGGGAGAAGAGGGAGAGGCUGAGGGAGCAGCAGGAGAGGCAGAGAGUUCAGCUCAUGCAGGAGGUGGAGCGUCAUCGCUCCCUGCAGCAGAGACUGGAUCAACAAGGCCUCCUGGGAGCCUCCAUGGGUCCUGGAGCUGGAGUAGCAGCCGUUCCCCCAUCUGGACCUCAGUUAGGGUCUCGAGUCGGGCAGAAGCCUGGACUUGGAGGUCCUGCUGCGACGGCACCAGGAAGUGACGGUCCCUUCUUCAGCUCUGAACUGCCCCAGGACUUCCUCCAGUCCCCCCCAGCAGCUAAACCUCCCCCACUGCACCAGGGCCUCUACCAGGGCUUCACAGGAGGACCCCCAACCCCAGGUCUACUGCCGGGGCCCCCAGCAGAGCGGGGCAGGGUCCUGCCUGGGCACGGGCCCCCCAUGGACCCCCACACCAGGCCCUCGGCCCAGGAACAAGUACGGCCAGCUGUGAUGACCCCCUUCCAUCCUGGAGGUCAGGCUCAUGGAUUUGGAAACGACUCCUCCUCUUCCUCCCCCUCUACCUCCCUCCCCCCCUCCUUUGCCUGCUACUCCUCCGGAGGCCCCACCUCCCUCAUCCAGCUGUACUCUGACAUCAUCCCCGACGACAAACCAAAGAAAAAGAGGAGCAGGAAGAGGGAGGGAGAUGACACGGCAGGCGGAGGAGGAGCCAGGACGCCGCUGUCCUCGCACUCUGAUGACACCACAGCUCCGCCCACUCCGGCUGUGUCAGACACUUCCUGCUCAACGCCAACUCGGGGCAGCAUGGACCAAUCAGAACUAUGCUUCUCUCUAAACUCCUCCCUCUCCGGUCUGGCUCCCUCGUCAGAGCUGGAGAGGCAGCUGUCCGUCAUCUCUGCGGCCCAGCAGAGAGGCUCUUUCCUGGGCAUGGAGAGUCAGAGAGGUCCCCUGUCUGCAGCUGGUCUGGAGGUCAAGCAGGAGGAGCGGGAGGAGGGAGGAGCAUGUGGGGGAGGCAUGGUGAAGGUGGAGGAGGAUCAAGGUGAGGGACUCCUCCACCUCUCUCCUCUCCACGGUGGAGACGGGGGGAAGGAGCUGCUCAGACACCUGCUGAAGGACAAGAUGUCCCCCGCCAACACGCCGUCGCCCACCGGCCUUGCCCCGCCCACCGCCCGCCGCCAGCUGUCCAAUGAGAGCGUCCGGUCUGAGGAAGAGGACGGGACUGGCUACCAUGGCAACGUGGUCCUGAUGGACAGUCCAGAUCUCCUGGAUUCAUCCGGCAGGAAGAAGACUCAGCGCUGUAAGAGACUCGCUCGGCCGGAGAAGGAGAGAGCUCCGUCCAAAAACAAGAGGAGGAAGAAAGAGGAGGAGAAGAAGACGCUCCACUCUUCCUCCUCCGCCUCCUGUGACCCGCUAAUGACACACCUGAGACAGCUGUCGGUGCUGCCCCUCAUGGAGCCAGUUCUGGGGGUGGAUCUGAGUCUGUUCCCCCCGUACGGCAGCUCCUCUCUGGGCAGAGACUCCAGUCUGAGCGGCUCCUUCGGUAACGGCUGCCUGGACGGAGUCACGGACUACUACUCCCAGCUCAUAUACAAGCAGAAUAACCUCAGUAACCCCCACCCCCCGGCCUCCCUGCCCCCCACCCCUCCGCCCGUCAGCAGACAGAAACUGGUGAACGGCUUCGCUACGACGGAGGAGCUGGAGAGGAAGGAGAACAGCGAGCAGGAGUCGAAAGGCUUGAAGCAGAAAGGGGAGGGGCUUCUGGCUCUAAACCACGCCUUCAGAACAGUAGAUGUCCCCGCCUCCCUGCCGACCCCGCCCCACAACAACCAGGAAGAGCUCAGGGUCCCUGACUCGACGGGGCGGGAAACCCCGGAGGGCUUCGUCCCCUCGUCUUCUCCAGAGAGCGUGGCGGACGUGGAGGUCAGCAGGUACCCUGACCUCUCCUGGAUCAAACUGGAGCCGCCCUCGCCCUGCCCCUCGCCUACAAUACCCAUGAUGCCCUGCGCCUGGGGAAAAGUGAAACAGGAAGUGAAGGCGGAGCCAAACCAUCAGGGUCGUCCUUCAUGCGCCAACACAGACCUGGUAACCAUAGCGAUAACCCUGAACCCUGUUGCAGCUCAGAGCGUAGCAGAUGUGAUGGCGGCGGUGGCCGAGCUACUGCGUGUCCCCGUCCCCGCUGACUACCAGCUGAGCCGAGCCGCCGGCGCCCAGAGGAGCUCCCUGGCCCUGCUGGCCGGAGUCCGAGUGCCAGUCACACAGGGUUCAACAGGAAGCAAUCAUCAGAGACCUGCAGCUGGGAACGCUGGUGGCAGAAUGGACUACAUCCAACAUGGCGGCGCUGCUGUUGCCAGGCCUCAGUGUUGCAGCUACUGCAAGAUGCUUCUGGGAAACGGAGUCCGAAUGGUCAAGGAGCUCAAACAGGAGGGUCAGUCCAGAUCCAGCCUGAUGUUCUGCAGUCCAAACUGCUCGUCUCUCUACACGUCGGACCUGCAGAGCAGAACAGCUGGGAACCAGGACGCCGUCCCCGUCACGCCGUCCGACUCCGAACGCCCCCUCCCAGCAGAGUGCAGCACCAGUACACCAGCAACAUGUCCUCCAGCCGUCCACUCCCUCCUCCACACCCCCUCCUCACCCACCCCGACCUCCUCCCCACCACUCUCCUUCCCCCCCGCCUCCGCCAUCACCAUGGAGACCAGGCCCCGCAUGGACAGCCUCAAGGUGAAGGUGAAGCUGAAGCCCCACCCCCGGGCGGUCCCAGGAGGCGAGGACUCGCUGUCGUCUCGCCACGGGAAGAGGAUGAAGAGUAACCGCUGGAGACGCUGGAGUUUCAGCAUCACACUCAGCAGGGGCACUUGUGUCCCGAACGAGGCGGUUGCCAUGCCAACGGAGGAGGAAGUGGACGUGCUACUGCAUAAACUUGGGGCGUGUCUUCGUCCCGAUCCGCUACCCAAAGACCAGCGGAGGUGCUGCUUUUGUAACCAGCAGGGAGACGGGCAGACGGACGGACCAGCCAGACUGCUGAACCUGGACCUGGACCUGUGGGUCCACCUGAACUGUGCUCUGUGGUCCAGCGAGGUGUACGAGACCCAGGCCGGAGCCCUGAUCAACGUGGAGCUGGCUCUGAGGAGGAGUCUGUCUCUGCGCUGCGCUCACUGCCAGAGGACCGGAGCCACCAGCGGCUGCAACCGGCUCCGCUGCACCAACACCUACCACUUCACCUGUGCACUGCAGGCCCACUGCACCUUCUUCAAGGAUAAGACCAUGCUGUGUCACCUCCAUAAGCCCAGGACGGUUCCUCUCGGUGGGGACCGAUCCUCCAGCUGCUCCCCCUCUUCCACUCCGGGGCCGACCUUUGACCCCAUGGCGGCGGUCUGUGACCCGUACGACUGCGAGCUGCGGUGCUUCGCUGUGUUCCGGCGGGUGUUCGUGCAGCGGGACGAGGCGCGUCAGAUCGCCGCCGUGGUACAGCGCGGCGACCGGCAGCACACCUUCAGGGUCGGCAGCCUGCUGUUCCGCGCCAUCGGCAGGCUCCUCCCACAGCAGAUGAAGGCCUUCCACAACCAGGCAGCCAUCUUCCCCAUCGGUUACCAUGCCAACCGCAUCUACUGGAGCAUGCGGCACAGCAACAGACGCUGUAAGUACGUGUGCUGCAUCGAGGAGGAGGAGGGAGAGCCGCUGUUCAAGGUGAAGGUGGUGGAGAAGGGUUACGGUGACCUCAUACUGACCGGACCUACGCCUAAAGCUGUGUGGGACCGAAUACUGGAACCAGUAUCACAGAUGAGAGCCUCCAGUGGGACUCUGAAGCUUUUCCCAGUUUACCUGAAAGGAGAAGAUCUGUUUGGAUUGACGACGUCUGCAGUGACCCGGAUCAUCGAGUCUCUGCCAGGUGUGGAGACCUGUGGGCGUUACACCUUUCGUUAUGGGAGGAAUCCUCUCAUGGAGUGGCCCCUGGCCUUCAACCCUUCUGGCUCGGCCCGUUCUGAACCCAAAGCCUGCCAGACCAAGAGACCCAACCUGUUGACCAGCGUGGCCCCCAGGUGUCAGGGCUCGGUGGGCUCCAUCGUGGGCCUCGUGCCCGGCGUCAUCUCUCUGUCUCCCGGGGAGUCGGUGGCGGCGGCUCACCAGGGACGCCACUCCAAGUCGGCCCAGUACCGCCGCAUGAAGGCCGAGUGGAAGACCAAUGUCUACCUGGCACGCUCCCGCAUCCAGGGUCUGGGUCUCUACGCUACCAGAGACAUCGAGAAAUGUACCAUGGUCAUCGAGUACAUCGGCACCAUAAUCAGGAGUGAAGUAGCCAAUCGCAAGGAGAGGCUGUACGAGUCACAGAACCGUGGUGUGUACAUGUUCCGGAUCGAUAACGACUUUGUGAUCGACGCCACCAUCACUGGAGGACCAGCCAGGUACAUCAACCACUCGUGUUCUCCUAACUGCAUCACAGAGGUGGUCAAUGUGGAGAAGGAGAACAAGAUCAUCAUCAGCUCCUGUAGACGCAUCCAGAGAGGAGAAGAGCUGUCCUACGACUACAAGUUUGACCUGGAGGACGAUCAACAUAAGAUCCCGUGUCACUGUGGAGCCGUGAACUGCAGGAAAUGGAUGAACUGAAGACACACAAAUCUCUGACUCUUACCUGUCUCUCUCUCUCUCUCUCUGGAGUCUGGGUGUCGAUCGCCCGUCGCCGCGUGGGCGGAGCUACACUUCAUAUCAGAAGUGAAUAUAUUAAUAAGCCUGAUCACACAUGUAAUAAUGAUUGGAGGGAGGGACGGGGCUAAUCCUGAUUGGGAUGAAUGAUUGACAGGUGAGGGGGCGGGGCUUAUGACGAGGCUGGUCCUCUGUGUGUAUAUACAGAUGUAAAUGUGAAAUUACAGAAAGUCUUCGUCAUUAAGUUGCACUAUGAAAAAUAUAAAAUACAAAAAGAGAUCAAUGCCCACUGAAACAUACUUGAUUCCUUCCUCCUCCUCCUGCGUUUUGUUAAUUUCCUGUAAAAUAAGAGAUUUUGUUCUUUUUGUAUUUAUUACUGAAUGAAGCUAUUUUCUAAAUCGGCGGUGAGUUCGAGGUCCGGAUUCUCAGUCUGUAAAUAACUGUAUCAUAAAUCUAAAGGAAAAACUAAACAUUUAGAAAUCACUCCACCGACAGCUACCUUAACGUCCUCAUCCUCACCUUCAUCACCUGCCCAUCCGCUUCCUGUCGCGGUGCGUGCUGAUUGGAUGAAGACUUCGGGCAGGUGUCAUGUGACUUUAGUCUCUGUGUUUUUUCUCCCAGCGUUUUGGCUGCAGGCGUUUUUAUGUUGAUGUUUUUUCACUUUGAGUUGAGUCCUGCUGUACAUAUGAGGUUUAUGAGGACUCAGUGAGACGACAUGAAGCCUUGUUUUGUUUUUUAAUAUUCACGUAAACAGAGUGUUACCAUGACGACAAUAGUAAUGAUGAUGUUUGUUUUUGUUUUGGGGAAAAUGUGGAAUCUGAUUUAGAAUAAUUUACAGAAAAUAAAAUAUUUUACAUCUUGAA